CUGUUUGUUGUUAUCUCCAUCCAAUAGUAAACCGCUACAUUGUAUUGGAACGUAGUCUCUUACGUCCUUUUUUCUAUCUGUCAGUUUAUUUUACGGUUGUUGUUAAUUAAUCUUAACGUAUUAGAAUCGGCAGAUGAUCAACUUAAGAUGAGUAAAACAUUUGUUUUUAAGAAAAUGGGUGCGACGGUUUAAGUUAUUUGGUCAAAUAUAACCAUGGUGAUGUCAAGUUCUGGCCGAAUGAAAGGCGAGACGGAGUAGUUGAAUUCAAGACUUUUGGGGGUAAAAGAUGGAUGCGUGCGGUUAGCAUUACAACUCAUCUUCUGGACUAAGUAAAGGGCGCACACCGUCAGAAUAAAUGCAAAGUUGGAAGUCAAACCACAGGAGAAAGGAGAGUCUCCGCCCGGAGCGAGAAGAAGAGGAUGAGGAGGCAUGACGUAUCGGUCUUUGCUGGCAUCUGACUUUCUGAGUUUUUAAGGCUUUCAUUGCUGAAUGAGACAUGUCUUGGAGAGAAUACCCAGCUUCAAUCUGAAUCAUGUCCUCUCUGAAGUUUAUUGUGGGCCUCUGUUCUACUUUGCUCCUGUAAGGUAGAGCAGCUCCACUCUGCCUGGGAAGCAGUGACAGACAGAAGAGUAGACCGAUCUGUGACGAGUUCUCCUUUUAAUGGAUGCCCGGGUGGCCCUGCUGCUCGUAUGGACAGGUUUUGUCCUGCUGACAGCCGUACUGAAGUGGACAGAUGCUGCAGAGGUCUACACUAACACUUGGGCUGUCCAGAUCAACGGGGGACCAGAGGAGGCUGACCGCAUCGCCAGGGAACAUGGUUUCAUCAACCAAGGCAGUGUUUUUGGAGAUUAUUAUCACUUCAAGCACCAUGCCGUGGAGAAGAGAGCAUUGUCUAGUCACAAGGGGAUGCACAUCAGACUGCAAAAAGAACCACAGGUCCUCUGGGCAGAGCAGCAAGUGGCAAAAAGAAGGAAGAAGAGGGAUGUCUUUGAAGACCCCACAGACCCUGAUUUUCCCAAGCAGUGGUAUCUGUCCAACCCAGCACAUCAAGACCUGAACACAAAAGUAGCAUGGGCUCAAGGCUAUACGGGAAAAGGUGUAGUGGUGACCAUCCUGGAUGACGGCAUUGAAAAGGACCAUCCAGACCUCAUCAGCAACUAUGACCCUGAAGCAAGCUAUGAUGUUAAUGAUGGAGAUGCAGACCCCCAACCAAGAUAUACACAGCGAAAUGAAAACAGACAUGGAACUCGUUGUGCGGGAGAAGUUGCCGCUGCAGCCAGCAAUGGCGUCUGUGGUGUCGGUGUGGCCUAUAAUGCAAAAAUUGGAGGAGUUCGGAUGUUGGAUGGGGAUGUGACAGACAUGGUGGAGGCUCACUCCCUUAGCCUCAACUCUCAGCACAUCCACAUUUAUAGUGCCAGUUGGGGCCCAGAGGAUGACGGCAAGUCGCUGGAUGGCCCAGCCAAGCUGGCCAAGGAAGCUUUCCUCCAGGGAAUUACCAAGGGGAGAAGUGGACUGGGCUCCAUCUUUGUCUGGGCUUCGGGUAACGGUGGCCGGGAACAGGACAGCUGCAACUGUGACGGCUACACCAACAGCAUCUAUACCCUGUCCAUAAGCAGCACCACGCAGUCUGGCAAUGUACCGUGGUACAGCGAGCCCUGCUCCUCCACCCUCGCCACCACAUUCAGCUCUGGAAAUCCAGGGGAGAAACAGAUAGUGACCACAGAUCUGAGGCAGAAAUGCACUGAUUCUCACACGGGAACAUCCGCUUCAGCCCCACUGGCUGCUGGGAUCAUCGCUCUUGCUCUGGAGGCCAAUAUGAAUCUAACCUGGAGGGAUAUGCAGCACCUGGUGGUGAGAACGUCCCAACCCGGGCACCUCAGCGCCGGAGACUGGAAAACCAACGGAGUGGGACGCAGAGUGAGUCAUUCAUAUGGUUAUGGGCUCCUGGAUGCAGGUGCCAUGGUGGCUUUGGCCCAGAACUGGACGACAGUGGGACCCCAGCACCAGUGUGUUCACACAAUGCUUUCAGAACCAAGAGACAUCGGCAACAAGCUGGUGUUCAGCAAGAGCGUGGAUGCCUGCUGGGGACGACCAGAGUAUGUCAGCUCUCUGGAGCACGCUCAGGCUCGCCUCACUCUUUCCCACAACCAGAGAGGAAAAUUGGCCAUUCAUCUCAUCAGCCCACUGGGCACACGUUCCACUCUGCUGUUCCCAAGACCCAAUGACUUCUCCUCAGAGGGGUUCAACGACUGGGCCUUUAUGACCACCCACUCAUGGGACGAGGAUCCUCAAGGAGAAUGGACCCUAGAAAUAGAAAACAUGGCAGCUAAUGGCCGUGACUAUGGUGUGUUAAGUCAGUUCACCCUCAUCCUAUGGGGUACUGGACCCAGCGUCAUUAACCCCUCUUCACCUGACUUCCCUCGGCCUUCCAACAACAGCUGCAAGACGUUCGAUGCCCAGCAGAUCUGCAUCGAGUGCAGCCCCGGUUUCUCCCUCUUCCUUCAGGGUUGUGUGAAGUUGUGUCCUCCAGGCUUCACAUCUGGGCCGCAGCUUCUCAACCUCUCCCUGGAGAACUGGGUGGAUUUGUCCUCCGUGCAGGCCUGUCUGCCUUGCAAUCCCAUUUGCCUCACCUGUUUCGGCACCGGACCCACAGACUGCCUGUCCUGCCCGCCUCACAGCCACCUGGUCUUUACUUCCUGUCUGCAUCAGAACCAGGUCCAGCGAAAAUCCCCUCUCAUGGGGAGACUCCAGGGUGAUGAAGCUCAGCCAGAGACAAAGAGCCCAGCAGCAGCAGACCACAGCAGUGAAGAAACUGAGGAACCGCCGGGGCUCCGUGUGGCUCCGCCCACUCAGCUGCCUGUCGUCGUGGCAGUUCUCAGCUGUGCCUUCAUCCUGGCGGCCUUCGUCGGGGUUUUCUUCUUGCUGCAGGUGCGCUCGGGUGGCACAUCUCUGGGAUGGAGGACCAAACUGCCCUCUGUGUUUUCAGAGACCAGAGGGAUGCGGGUUGGAUUUGGUUUGGGCUUCCGCCAGAGACGGAAGAGGAAGGCUCGGAUAUGCUACAAGGGGAUCCCCACUGUGUGGGCAGAUGAGGACAUGAUCGCAUACGAGUCUGAAUCAGACAGCGAGGAAGUGGACGGUCACAGCGAGAGGACCGCUUUUAUAAAGACACAGAGUUCGAUCUAGCUGACCUCGCCUCUGACGCUGUGAUGUCUGACAUCACAGCCUCCAGGAUGACAUCAGCACUUAGUUUGGACUGUGUGGCGCUUAUAAAUGAAGGAGAAAACACAAAACGCAAGCCUUACUGUCCCAUCAGCACCCCAUCCAAAUGCAUUAAAGAAAUGAUCAUUUGUUUUUCAUAUAUUUAUUUACACGUGUUCAUUUAUUAUC